AUGAAGACGAGAGCGGUAGCUUUGAUGGCGAUACCCAUCAAUUAUCCUUUAGGUCCAAAUGAAGUCACUUGUAAUUUCCUAAACAAUUCCUAUUGUCCGAUUUUGGAAGGAGAAAUUGUUGAAUAUUCUCUGAAAAUGUUCAUAGAACCUUGGUUCCCGACGAUUCCAGUGACAAUUGAAUUCAGAGUGGAGGAUAAAAAUGCUGUAUCUGUGUGGUGCAUCAGAUUACCAAUAGUAGUUCAACACAUCUUUUCCCCACCCAUCGUGUGUAACGCUCCUAACAUCCUCAGUGUAUCCAACCUCACUGCUUCACGUCAGUCAGUCUUUAAAUCAAACCGGUUCAUGUUCCUCCUUCCUCUGGUCACAGUCAGCUCCGAUCUUCCUCAUGACUCUGGCGUCUUCUUCAGUCCUCUGUUUUAUUUCAUGGGAGGACUCCCCAUAAGUCCGUCGCCCAUCAUGGGCGACCAUAAUUCGGGCCGAUUAGAGGCCCUACUAGCUUUCUUCAUAAAAAAAUUCCCAGAUGCGUACAGGGAGUUCACCGAGGUGAACCCCGAAAUAAAACCCACCAAUUUCGAUACGGACAGCCCGGCUUCACCGGACUGUCCAAAAAGCAAUCCAUGCGACAUGGAUUGCUCACCAAUCGGCUCGGAAGCCGAGACAGACUCGACGCCGUCCUCCUCGGACGCAGAAGAGGAAAACGACGGGUUCAAACCCGUCCUUACCAAAUCUGGUAAGAGGAAGGCGGCCAAGUCACUAAAGGCGCCGCCGCCAACCAAAAAACCGUUGACCCCAGCAGCUGCCGGUGCAGCUGCGCACGCACCUGCGGACACACCUGUGUCCGCACCUGCGGGUACACCUGUGUCCGCUCCUGCGGGUCUACCUGGGUCCGCACCCAAAACAUUCACUAAAUACCCGCCGCCGUUAUACAUUCGAACUAACAAGAGCUGGAACUCCAUAUCCAGCCUCCUAAACGACAAAAAGAUAAAAUAA